AUGAAUAGCAUAGAAGCUCUUGACAGUCUUAAAAAACGGCGCUGCAGUAACCACAAUGACGAUCAUGAGUCUGCAUUGACUGGAGUGGAACUUUUUAUCGAAGGGAAAAAAAACAAGAGCAAGUCGACAAAGAAUGGACAUUAUCAGGGUGAACAAGAAUAUUACACAGAGAUUUUGAUGGUAGCUGGGUAUGGAGCCAUUGCUGGAAUGGUUAUUGUUUUGUAUCUGCUUUUGUAA